AAGCGCAGGGCGGAGAGCAGAUUUCCGAUCGUCAACGAAGCGGAUUAUAGCUUCAGUCCUGCGUCUGCUGCUACAUCAUCUCAGCUGAUCCGGAGAAUUCCCUCUGCAGGGACACAAACAAGCCCUGCCUGUAUGCUCAGCACAACACGGCACCAUGGAUUUCAACGUCAAAAAACUGGCUUCUGGUGCAGGAGUCUUCUUCACUCGAGCUGUGCAGUUCACAGAGGAGAAGCUGGGCCAGGCUGAGAAGACAGAGCUGGAUCCACACUUAGAGAACCUGAUCACUCGGGCCGACUGCACCAAGAACUGGACUGAAAAGAUCUUGAGACAAACUGAGGUGCUUCUACAGCCCAACCCAAGUGCUCGAAUAGAGGAGUUCAUCUAUGACAAGCUGGAUAAGAAGCUCCCUUCCAGGACAACUAAUGCAGAGCUGCUGGGACAGUACAUGCUGGAAGCUGCCAAUGAGUUUGGUUCAGGGACGCCAUAUGGCAGUACCCUUAUCACAGUGGGAGAGUACCAGAAAAGAUUGGGGGGAGCCGAGCGCGAGCUCCUCCAAACCUCAGCUGCCACCUUUCUCACUCCACUACGCAACUUCCUGGAAGGAGACUGGAGGACUAUAUCAAAAGAGAGACGACUUCUGGAGAAUCGACGGCUGGAUCUUGACAUCUGCAAAGCCCGCCUGAAAAAAGCCAAGCAGGCAGAAGCCAAAGCAGCGGCUGCACCUGAUUUUCAGGAGACAAGGCCUCGAAAUUAUGUUCUUUCUGCCAGUGCAUCAGCGCUGCUGAGUGAGGAGGUGGACAAAGCAGAGCACGAGCUUCGUGUGGCUCAGACAGAGUUUGACCGACAGGCUGAGGUCACAAGGCUGUUGCUGGAAGGCAUCAGCAGCACACAUCUCAACCACCUGCGUUGUUUGCAGGAUUUUGCAGAGGCUCAGGCCACUUACUACGCCCAGUGUCAUCACUACAUGCAGGACCUUCAGAGGGAGCUCAACAAAUGUGCUAAUGCCGUCAGCGCCCUGCACAUGACUGCUGUCUGCCCCGACCCCGUCUCCUCUGCUUUCCUGUCUGGACCAUCAUCUCCUGGGGCUACAGUGUCCUCUUCGUCUAGCCAAAAGCCCAGCACGCUGGCUAUGGAGCAGACACAGCUUCCUGUCACGGGCACCAGAAAGGCCAAGGUCCUGUAUGACUAUGAUGCCCAUGAUGCCAGCGAGCUUUCCCUCUUGGCUGAUGAGCUCAUUACAGUAUACACCGUACCAGGAAUGGACCCUGACUGGUUGAUUGGAGAACGGGGCAAUGAAAAGGGCAAAGUCCCUGUCACCUACCUUGAACUGCUGAGCUAAUGGACCAAACAACAGGACACACACACACACACACACACACACACACACACACACACACACACACACACACACACACGUAUUUUCUACACUUACUGUAUGUGUGGCUAUAAACACUUAUGCAAACCUGUCUGUUGGAAAAGUUUUCAUAAGUACAGAUGAGUUAUUGGAGGAAAUUGCAACAAACGCUUGUUAUGUGGCCACUUGGGUCAUUACAGAUUUCCUCUUAUUCCAGUGAUGUGUACGUGUAUGCGAGUGUAAUGAGACCACAGUUAAAGCUACAUUCCCUAUUUUUGUUAGUUUAGGUGUCUUCGUGUUAAGUCUGUGUUUUUACCACAAAGCAUUUGCAAGGCAUUCAAGACUAAGAUAGCAACUAAUGAUUAUUUUCACUGUCAAUUAAUCUGCAAAUUAUUUUCUGAAUUAAUCAAUUACUAAGAUACAAAGUAAGUUACAAAGUGUGACAAAUGUCGAUCACUGUUUUCCAAAGCCCAAGAUGACAUCCACAAAUAUUUUGUUUUGUCCACAACCCAAAGAUAUUUAGUUUACUGUCAUAGGAGAGAGAAAAAAAACACAGAAAAAAACACAUUUAAAAAGCUGGAAUCAGAUAAUUUUGACUUUUUUUUCCUCAAAAAUAUUACUUUAACUGAUCAAUCAAUUAUCAAAUUAGCUGGCAAUUAAUUCAAUAGUUGCAACUAAUUGUAUCAUUGUCGAGGUGCUCGACCUUGCAUGAUGCAUUUAAGGAUGAUUCUGAUUUACUACAACUUGGGUCUUUUUUUCUGUAGUUUAGCAGAGUUUGAUGGGCCAGGAAACAGAAGCUGUCAGAAAAAUAGACAAUUAUAAACUGGCCAAAUUAGGCCAGAUGAUUUAAGCCUCUUUCUAGAGAGCUGAAGUAAAAAUGAAACUCAAUUAAAGUCAUUAAUUUGUCAUAAAGUUGCUGCCUUGACACACAAGUCCACUUUCAGCUCCACAACCCCCAAAGCUGUGUUAAUGCUCUGACCUUGUUUUCUGUUUUUUUUUUCUUUCUUUUUUUCUUUAGAAAAGUUCUCACAAAUUCCUGUGAGGUGUUACACCCUAGACACGUGAAAAUUCCAUCAAUGAUUAAAACGUGUGCAAAGGCUGUUCAUGAAAUAUGAUACCAGUUGGCCCCAUGGGGGCGCUAUAAGUAAGGCUCAAAAAAAUCAAUUUUUUAAGGGAAACACCCCUCACACCGUAAGUGUGACUGACCUGAAAUCUGACACACAAUUGUAGCUCAAUGUGCUCUACGAAAAACACACAAGAACAAUGAUGGGACCAUCGGUAACAUUUUCUGCAAUUUUUAAUCAUUUAAAAAAACAUUUUUGCAUCUUGUCCUAAACCAUAGAUCCUGUUCAUACCAACCUUUCUGUGGCUCAUCAUUGGACCAAGCUUAUCAAAAGUUAUCAAAAGCUUGUUGAUAUCUCAUUGUUUUUUGAUGAUAUUGACCAAUGAACCUUAGAGGGGCCAUGGCUCAGUACAUAACUCAUCAAUGUUUCAGCCAAUCAUCACAAAACUUGCAAGCAAUGUCUUAGGAGGUACCAGGAACAUAUCCUGAAAGUUUCAUGUAAAUUGACUACUAGGGGGCACAACAAAUGCAAAAAAUGGGCGUGGGAUUACACAAAUCAGACUAAAUCAUAAAUUCUUAGUCCAGUCAGCUUGCAGGGUAUGUUAAAGCUUUCAACUAAAAGGAACGGAUUUGGUGGUUUUACUUUGUACUGUCAACCUCAUUGAGCUGAAACAUACAUGGUAAAAUUUACAACAACAACCAAUGUUUGCUGAUAUAUUUGCUGAUAUGAUGGCUCUAUGUUCUGUCUUUUCCUGCUACCGUGGCCCGUUGAGCACCAUUUCACACAUUCUUUGAAGGCCGACCAUUUCAUUGGCCAACUAAAAUGAAAAAAAUUGCCCGCACAAGACAACCUGGGGUGUACACAUCGAAUCUAUAUUUUCGUCCAGUCAUCCAACUCUAAAACGUACGGAUUGGAAAUCUUGGAAGUUUCUUGAUUUAAUUUUCAGAUUCAGAGUCCUAACCUCACCAUUUUCCCACUAUCACAACACUUGCUGUUAGUUUGUGAAAUAACAACAGUAUGCAGUGUUUGUGAGUGAUCAUGCUGAGUCAUGCUGAGUUUUUUUUCAAGGAGAACUUGAUAAAUAGUCUGGUGCGACACUAACUGUUUGGUUUCAAGUUUAAAUGAGGAUUUCUAAAAUGUUUGUGGAGAAACAUGAUAGAAAUGUACAUCCUGUAUGAGGAACUACACUGCUACUCAAUUUAUUAUCAAGUAAAACCACUAAGUGGUUUAAAAGGAUGCUUACAAAGUGACAUGUGCCUAAAGAAGUCAUGCAGCAACACUAAAAAUAGAUCACAAAGGGGCAGUGCAGACGGAGGCCAUAUGACACCUUGUGAAACUUCCUUGCAGUAAAUGAUGAUGAUUUGAAACAGGGACGCUGGUGGCUUAGUGGUAGAGCAGGCGCCCCAUGUACAAGGCUGUUGCCGCAGUGGCCCGGGUUCGACUCCAGCCUGUGGCCCUUUGCUGCAUGUCACUCCCUCUCUCUCUCUCUCUCCCCCUUUCAUGCUUGUCUGUCCUAUCCAUUAAAAAGGCUAAAAAAGCCCUCCCCCCAAAAAAUAUCUUUAAAAUGAUUUGAAACAGAGCAGUGUGUGGUAACUUUGUGGAGGAAAUGAAAAUCAUGAAUCACUUACUCUUACCAUCCAACACAAACAUUAAAUUAUUACCAUGGAGAAGUUCUCCAGAUGUGUCGGUCUUGUUUACUUAUUUUUAUCUUUGUGAUCAUGUCAUGUGCUUAGUUUGAAGCUCCGACACACUCAUUUGACUUGCAGCCAGCCAGCUUCCUGACAGAGGAGAUCCUCUCCACUCACAAAGUAUGCAGGGUGAAAUCAGGCAGAGUGGGUUAUGAGGCCAAAAGGGCAAAAGUCAGCGCAUCCAUCGGUUUCUGAAAAGAAUUUCCACUAAAGUAGACCCAGUCAUCAUGUAAUUUGUGUAACUUCCUUGCAAUAAUUGUGGCAACAGUGAGUGUAAAACAUUUGGAAAUAGAAUGAUCCAGUUUGUUGUGACCUAUGAUAAGCUAAUAGAGCUGAUGAUGUUCAGGAAAAAAGGUCACAUCCAUCAGUCAAAGUAAUGACUCAUCACCUUGUGAGAAUGUGGAGUGUUGUAUGACUAAUGUGUAAUGUGUUAUGUGUAAUUAACUAGUGAUGAUGUCACCAGUGACAGUGCAAUAAGUGUGAGUCAUAGCUGCAAGUAAUGUUGUAGGGCGUCCAAAGGGAAUCCUAAGUGUGAUUUCACAUCCUGACAUGCUAAUAGUAGAAGCUUGAGUAUACAGUAGUUAAGUGUAUCUGGCAUGGAUAUCCCUGUUACCAGGGGAUAAUGCUGAAUGUUUUUGUGACCAACCCAGACCUUUUUUCGAGAGGCAUCUGUACCUCUUAUCAUUUUAAAUAGAACUGUCAGAGUGCUAUUAAAUUUGCUACAUUGAUGCUUCUCUCUAGGGCCACCCUCAGGACAAAAUUUUUACUUUCAGCUUUACGACUGAUUAGGCUGUAACAACAGAAAAAUUUUCAAUAUGUUGUUUGCUCUAUUUGUAAUUAUGUGUGAAGAAAAAUUCAGCAGUGCUUAAGACAUUUGGUUUUGUUUAUAUAGCCCAGUUGCCAGAAGGAGAUGUUGGCAUAGUAGGUUUCUGCAAACCCUUAAUACUUUAGAUUUGUAUGUUUCAUACAUAUCAUGUCAAUGUUUCGGAAGUUACAUUAUUUAUAAAUAUAUUCAGGCUGUAAAUUGAUUAAUAUUUUUAAUCGCAAUUAAUCGCAUGAGUGUUAAAGGGCCAGUGUAUAAAAUGGGUUGAAAACAGUGACGUCAGUGGUCAAAUUCUAGAUUGCAGGGCUCACUCGCUCACCCCUCCCAUCGGGUAAAUGACGGUGGCCUCGUAGGGACAAAAAGCCUUGCACACGAGUUUUUCAGGAGUAGGUCUAUCUAGCGACGAGGUGAAUGUUUAUUUAGAAAUCUAAACCAUGUUACGAUAUUGUAAUGAAUCCCUCACGAGCAGGAGACCAGAGGAGCGUUGGGGAAAAAGGCCCGUUUAUUUGAGCACUCCAGAAACUCUGGUAACACUCCACUCCGUCCCAAGCUCUGACUCUUCUAGCGUAACAGACACACUUCAUAACUUUACACACAUUCUCGUUUACCAUACUGAGUGGGGACCCCCCUCCCCUCUCUGCUCCGCCAAUCUCCAGCCCGCACACUGACUGACAGCGUAGCCUGUAAACAGAGCUCAGCUGUUUAUUUAGCCUAGCAAUAUCUCCGGACUAUAGUAGCUGCAAUGGACGACUUUGAACGCGAUUUUGAAGAGUUUGAGCCGGAGCAUACAGAUGAGGAACUCCAUGUGUUGGAUGCUGAGCGGGCGAGAAGAGAGGCUGAAUGCACAGAAUGGGAUUCGGUGCUACUGCUGCCAUUGUUGGGGAGAUAUAUCAUCAGAGGAAAAGCGCCGCAGAGUGCAUCACAAGGAGUGAAGUUGCGUCUUCUUUUCCUCGCAGAUGACGGUUCAGGUUCAUUCUCUCCUGUUGCGUGGUAAGUGUGGUCCAUUCGCAAACUUUGUAACUAAAAAAACUUUUCACUACUCUCUAUCGACGAACACCUAACACUCUGCUGUUUCUUCCUCCUUCUUCCUUCCUUCCGCUGUCUUCGUUGGUUCAUUUAUACAUGCAAAACGCGUUCUCUGGCUGGCUGGAUUGUCCACUCGGUCUGCCGUACAUACAUGGCGGUGCAAGAUGGCGACCUCUCUAAAGCAAGGCCCUUGCUAUAUAUAUAUAUAUAUAUAUAUAAGCAUAAUUAUAAGGCUACAAACGAAUUUUAUUUUAUAGCGAUCAUACACUUGUAUAAACAUAUUAAUGGGUAGAAUAUUCAGAUUCAGAUUCAGAUUGACAAUAAACUAUGCCAAAUAUUACACACUGGCCCUUUAAGUGUAUCGCACAUUUUUUUUCUGUUCAAAAUGUACCAUGAAGGGAUAUUUUUCAAGUUUAUCCCUUAUCAACAUGGGAGUGGACAAAUAUGCUUGCUUUAUGCACAUGUACAUUUCUUGUUAUUGCAACAAUCCAAAACAAUGAUAAAUAUUCUUCAGAAUAUUCUCCAGGAUAACUUACUGGUACUGCAUGCUCAAAAAAUAUGCUGAAAGCAUAUUAUGGCAAACUCAAGCCCAACAAACAACAACAGAUGGACAUAUUGACCUGAAUGUAGCAUUACUCAGUAAUACUAACACAAUAUAGUGUCCAACUUUACACUUGUAAAGUUUAACCAAAUAUCCCAUUUCUGACGCAGUUCGAUGUAAUUCGGUGGGAACUCAGGUCACACCGACAGUAAAUGCAAAUAAGUUUGGUAUAGUUAUAGAACCAUCUGGCAGGGCUUUACAGCUGAACUUGCCAUUCAAAAGACCCCUUGCUUUAUCCAUUUCUCCUCGUGGAGGUUUGUUUCUGCUCGCCAUCCACAAUGUUACUGCUGCAUUGCUUCUUGAUUUCUACUACAGGGUGGGCCAAGGGUCAUUAUAACAGAAUUUGUUGAUCGCGCGUCAAAAACAUUUGUGGGGUUAAAAGGAAUUUGUGUUAACUUGUUAUUAACACAUUGGCUUUGACCUUUGACAGCCAGUGAACUGAUCAGAUUUUGGUGGUCAUAGCCUAGGUCAAGGUUACUGUGAUCUUGAAUCUAUGUAUCUCAAGAAUACCUUGAGGGAAUUUCUUUAAAUUUGGCAAAAAUGUCCACUUGGAUUCAACGAUGAACUGAUUACAUUUUGAUGGUCAUAGGUAAAAUGUCAAGGCCGCUUUGACCUUGGUCUCAAGGCCACUUUCUGAAGGUCUUAGACUCGUCUGCAUAUUUACUCAAUCUUGUCUCAUCUCAGAUAAACUUUGGAGUUUAUUUCAAAACCAGUCAAGACCACAGCUGCGGGCCCUGUGCCAUAAAGGAUUGUGAAUAAAGAUGGUGAAGUUGAUAAAGCUUCUUAACCUUGCUAACUCUGCGAGGAUGCCAACCCUCUCGCUCCCCUCCUCCUCUGUUAAAUGGUAUCUCCCAGGUGCACUACGUCAUCAAACCAUGCCAUUUUUGGUAUUGCUGGAUUCAGGAAGGUCUUGACUUUUAAAAAAUAACCUUGUUUUUCUUUUAUUUCUUAUGUAUUUCGCACAAGACCAGCCUUAACACACAUAGUCCAAAAUCGCAGUGACAAGUCAUGUCAUGCUGUUUUUCAAUGGGAAAAGUUAUAGGAUUACACGCAACCUUAUGAGUGGCUGUUAGCAUGGACUUAGCUUUUUUAUAAAACAUAAGAGUCUCACUCCUACCGCUAUUUUUGGCUGAGAUACGACAUCUAGAAAGUAGGAUCAUAACUUUGUUCACUGAGAGUUUGCCUACAGUCUCAUACUGUCAUUUACCUCCACAGAUGAAGCCACUGACAGUUAUUUAUCCUGAUUUUUUUUUUUUUUUAAUUUUUUUUAGGCGGACCAAAAUCUUCAAUUUUUUUUACUGACUUCAGAGGCCCAUUACUCUGUCUCGUUAUCAUCUAGAGUGUGUCUGACACUUUCACAAGAAACUUAGGGAGUUUUCUUACUGACAAGACCUUAUGCAUGCAUGUAGUCAGAGCAGUUCAAAAGCUACAAUCAUUUUAAUUUGGGUAUGUCAUUUCAGGCGUUUUUGCUACAAAAUGGGGGUGGAGUGCAAGAGGUUGCCUCUUACAGACUGAGAUUUUAGCAAUCAUUUAAGUUAAGUGCAGCUACACUGUGCAGCAUGGAUCCAAUAAACUUGGGUACAAUAUCAAGUUUGAUGUAUGCAAACUAUACGAUGACAGUGCCUACUGAAUGGCAAGCUACGAUGUACGAUGCAAUAGCUUCCCAUGCUGAGUGCAAGGAUGCUGCAGGAGUUAUUACUUCUCCAGCGGUGAAGCAAAACAUAGAGGGUCAUAUUAUCAAAUAACCUAAAGGUUUGUGGACGCUAUAUACCGCGGUGUCUGUGUGUGUGUGUGUGUGUGUGUGUGUGUGUAUGUGUGCGCUAGCUGCAAGGUUGCUCACCUGGCAGCUGUAACUCUGCCGCUAUUUUCCUCCAUGCUUUCUCCUUUACGUGAUCAUAGUAAGAGCUGGAGGACACAUCAUACAGACAAGGCUUCUGCUGCCACAACUCUGCAAGGUUGUCCUCUUUGCUGGAAUCCCACACAUUUAUUUGAGCGCGUUUUUACCCUCACGGCAAGCUGCAAUCAGUCUGUUUGUUUGGGUUUAUCAGCAGUAUGUCAUUUCAUGCUGCAUUUCUUUUGGUUGGUCAGUAGACGUAGGUGGUAACAGCAGUCACACAGUGAGAUGGUCAUCCCAAAUUUCUGACACUGUUAGAAUUUUAUCCCAGGCUUUCUUUGAUUACAAGACCGUGACAGGGGCCAUCCUUGAACCAUUUCUUGCCACGAUCAAAGGUUUCUUUUACGAUGGUUAUCUUUCAUCUGGGACAGCCCAAAAAUCACACAGUGUAUACCGGGAUUUAAUGUUUGUAUUUGUUUGCUCAUAGUAAACAGGGAAAUUGCUGCACAUAAAAUUCAUCUCUUUAAUGUGUUUUGCUUAUUUUAUCAUGCCAUUUCUCUUGGUACACUAAUAUAUACACACAUAUAUAGAGUAUGGUGAUAAAAGAGGUAAAUAAAGAGGAAUCUUCAUUUAUUUUCUGUAGGUGAUUUUAUGAUCUUUCACAUCAGUUUGAGGAAUGCAUAUUGUUUGAAUGUUCCAUUAUAUCGUAAAUCUGUCAUGCAGUGUGGGACCUCAACAGGUCUGGUCUUGGUCUUGUCUCGGUGUGAAUGCACUCUGGUUUUGGUUAUGGCUUGUCAUUCUUUAAUUCCUUCGUUCAUUUAUUUUGCAUAACCGCUUAGCCUGCUGGGGCCAUGGGGGGGCUGGAGCCUAUCCCAGAUGACACUGAGCGAAAGGCGGGGUACACCCUGAACUGGUCACCACAUUAUCACAGGGCUGACACAUAGAGACAGACAACCAUUCAAGCUCACAUUCACACCUACACAAUUUAGAGUCACAAAUUAACCUAACCUGCAUGUCUUUGGGCUGUGGGAUGAAGCUGGAGUACCUUGAGACUACCUCCAUUGAACGUGCAAACUCCGCACAGAAGGGGUCCUACAGCCCGGGUUCGAACCAGCAACCCAACAAUACUAACCACUGCACCAUCGUGCCGCCACAUUAACCAAUGCGUUGUUGAAAUGUGAAGUUUCAAUGCAUCUGCUACACAUUAAUGUACAAAUGAAAUGCUGCCAUGGUUUGCAGAAAUGUACAAUGUUAACAUUUUUAUUCUGGGGAUUAUGUUGGUUUAUAAUUUAUUGAAUGUUUGAGAGUUUUUCUUGACCUUGUUUAUACAUCUUACUUCAUGGCCUAAUAUCAGUCUCUUCCCAGAGCUUUUUACUGAAUUUCACAGUUUUCAUCAGCUGAUAGUUUUCAAACAGAACUGAGAAAAAUCCAUCUACUUAUGUAGAGGGCAGUUUAAGGCUCCAGAAAAAGCUUGUCAGUGGGCUUAAGAGUGACUCCACAAUUGAAUAUUCUCACAAGGCUACCUAACUAACCAGGACUGAAGAACACAUUGUUUGAAGCAUGCAAAAUGUCAGAAGUGUGUGUGUGUGUGUGUGUGUAAUUGAAUUCAGGAUUUUUAACCACAGUUGUAUUUAUCCGCUACGUUUCCUGUUGCUUUUACAGUUCUUAAUUUAGGUUGUUACAUUCCUGGGGGGAGUUAUAAAAUGUUCAGAGAUCUUAUUGUCGUCACAUUUUUGUUAUUCUCCAACCAACAGCCAGUGGUUUGAUGUGCAAUAAACAUGCAUGUGUG